CUGGGAAGCAGUUGACAGCAGGCAAAAGAGCUAGGCCGAAGUGGGUAAACAAAACAAACAAAUGGGGCAAAAAGAGCGACAACAACUCAAACGUUUCGUCUGAUUUUAUAUCCGUGGAAUGUGUAACGUGUUUUUGAAGUAGUUCGAGGCCCGUUGGAGGAGAAAGUCGUCAGCAAAGAGGGCGUGCACCUGUUAAAGAUAAAUAGGUUAUCGUGUAGCUUAGCGCGUUAGCACGGCCAUGUCGUCGCCCUCCUCCUCCAGGCGCCAGUGGUGCUACCUGUGCGACCUGCCCAAGAUGCCGUGGACUGUGGUGUGGGACUUCAGCGAGGUGGUGUGCCGUGGCUGCGUGAACUACGAGGGAGCAAAUCAGAUUGAGUUCCUGAUAGCGAGCGCCCGGCAGCUGAAACGAACCCACGGGAUGCAGCAGGACGGCAACGUGAGGUCGCCCGGUCCUUCCCCGAACAAACACGGCACAUCUGGCAGAGGAGAGGCUGCGGCGGACGGAGGCAGGCCGCACACGGACCGCUUCGAGAGGGGAGGACGAGGAGAAAGCGCCGGCUCGGCUGUUCGCGUACCGCCCAACGGGUUGCACCGCGACGGGCAGCCGCAAGAAGUGAACCGGCAGAGCCCGAGCGGCAGCCGGAGACCCAUGCUCGGUGCUGCCAUCCCGCCUAGUUUAGUAACUCAAAGUAUUGCGGGGAUUCCUCACGGGCUUCUUGCGGGCAUGCCGGCGGGUCUGACCGCCAGGACAGCCCCCAUGAGCAGCCCCAUGAUCUUCCCUGCGCCGGUGCUGGCCGAGAUGAGCCGCAGACAGCUGGGGAUAGGGAUGGGGAUAGCCCCCUUUAUCACUCCGGAGCUGGAGCGAGAGCUUAGUUCGUCCCAGAACCAGCCCAAGACACAGACGCAGGUCCACACUGCUGUGGCUGGCAGCAGCGGCAGCAAGACUACAGGCCUCCCGUCGUCGUCGUCCUCCUCGCUGGCUGGAGGUGUGAGCCAGACGAGCCCCAAGCCUGCUUCAUCUCCGGCGAGGCAGCCACGCCCCCUGGCCGCGAGGUCCGGAGGGGAGCCCCUGGGGUCCAGCACCUCCGCAGAGGCAGCCACCACCGCUGCAGCGUUACCCCACAGUGGUGCCUCCGAGCUGGGCUCCGCGUCUGCCAGCAACAGCCACUCCGCUGGAAACACUCUGUCCUGCACCUUGUGUCACCAGAGGCUGGAGGACACGCACUUUGUUCAGUGUCCAUCAGUGCCAGGACACAGGUUCUGCUUCCCCUGCACCAGAGUGUACAUCCAGAGCAGGCGGGGCGAUGGAGAGGUGUACUGCCCCAGCGGAGAGCGCUGUCCGUUGGAUAACUCUCCCAACAGCCCCCCUUGGGCCUUCAUGCAGGGGGAAGUCUCCACCAUACUGGGCAACGCUGGAGCUGGAGCUGCCUCUUCUGCUGCCUCUGGAGCCGGGACCGGGCCCGGGCCUGGAGCUGCGGGUGCGUCUGGGGCCGGGGGUGGACCCGCCAGCGGGGCCGGAGCUGGAGGUGGAGAUGUCACCGUCAAGAAAGAGAGAGAGACGUGAUGGUGAUUUUCAUGAAAAGCAGGACCCAACACAGCAACAGAGUUGUAUCACACACCAGAGGGAGAUGUGCGCACUGGACCGCCGAGAGAUCCAGAAGAGAAGCAACACAGCGACACACAGUCGAGCUCCAUUGCACAGGUCUUAACUCCACCUGCUCACACCACCAAAUUCUACCCGCGUCAUCAGACCUCGCCCGAUACCUGACUAAAGUGGCAAAGACUACCAUCACAUACUGUAAUUAUUGUUCUCGUUUCUUUUUUUAAGCCAAGUUUGACUCUUUAAACUUAAGUACUACAUUUCUGAUGUACCGAGAAUGUGAAAAUUAAAUUUCUCCCGCGCAUCGCAAGCUCAAUCUCGCCAACUCUUGACAACAAUCUCGGUGAAAUGACGCCACAACUUUGCCAAGACAGCGGCUGAAGUAACCGAGCAUGAAUAUUAAAACGGCCCUCACCGUGUACUGCUGGGAUCAGACAACCAGGUCCAAUCAACAGCUGAACACUGGCUGCUUUUUGUGGAGGUAGAAGUAGUUGGGCCAGUUGAAACAACUGUGUGUACAGCUGGGAAUAAAUGGGCUAAAGAAACACAGAUUUUCUCUGUUUUCUACACAAAAAAACCUUUACAAUCAUUUGAAAGAUGCCAUAGUCCCAUACAAAGUAUUCACAGAAACAAGCAGUGCCAACAUGACCACUGAAAUGUCAGUAUUUCUCAAUAUGGCCACCAAUGUAUUAAUAUAUAACUGGCAUUGGUUUUAUUUUAUUUACCACAGGUAUGUUCAUUGUUUCAAAGUACCCUUCCUAAACUCCCAGAAAGUAGCCAUGGCCCAGUGUUGGUUGUAACGGUGCACUCAGUAUUGUGUUUGCACAGGGAUAGCACAAAAGCUUGCUUCGACAAAUCCAACACAAAUGUUGAAAUAGUAAAAGAGUAACCACGGUUGCUUCGUCGCCGCUGUUCCUCGGCGGCGGCGUGCAGCAGUGGGUCAGAUAUCAGACUGCUCACAGACAAAUACAGGCUGUUCUGAGUCCGAACCAGUUGGAACUUGACUGUCUCGGGGGAAAAAAUGCCAUUUUCUCUGCCAGUGAUCGGUCUAAAUGAAAUAUUUGUGCUUCUACGAACACAAUUUACAACAACUGACAUGAAAUCGAUGUUAUGAUAACAAAGUGUACCUUAAAUUUGAAAUACAGAUGAAUUGUUUUUAUUGUUUCGUGACUGAAUCCGUGUCCCGGCGCAGAUUCUUUUUUUAUUUUAUUUUUUUAAACGAAUGGAAAAAAAAUUCUCCAGUGAAACACGUGAACGUGGAAACCGACAUGAGAUGUGGACAGAAUGCCAGUCGUGACAUUUCUCUGUGUGUUUUGUUUUUUCCGUCGGCUUUGAAUAAAGUUGACUUUGACUCAGAGAAAGGAGAAUGUUUUGCUGUGUAGAAACAACCAGUUAUCUGUCUGUCCUCGACCAGCCACAGAGACUCUGUUUGACUGUAUUUAAAUGUUGCUUUCAUACGAGAUCCAGCCCAGCCUACGCUUUACCCCGAAUGUAUAUGAAAAGAUAUCUAUUGAUAGGCCUAGGACUAUAUUUUAUACUAGAAUGUUAAAUGUUAUAUACUCUAUAGAUCUCUAAUAGUAUGUACGUGCAAUCCUUCGUCAUAGUAUAUGCAACAGUUUGGAGUAUGUCAUUAAAAACAAUUGCGUAUCAUUUCUCAAACCUUUUUUGUUUAUUAAAGUGAGAAUCCACCUGAAAGCAGAAGAGUUUGACUGUAACCCAGAAAGGUUUAAUAUCGUUUAUGAAUUAAUUUCUCCCAGAACUAAGAGACAAGACAACCCUCUUAUCACGGGACACUUUUAUAAAGCCUUUAUGGAGCGGAUACUUUAUUUACAAGCGUAUUUUAGCGUUUGAUAUCUUCAGCGUUGCAAUGAAAUUAUUCUUAUCUUGAUUUUAAAAAGCUCACAGUCUGUUGAGUCAUUGGAAUAAACGUGGAUGACCAUACAUACUGUUCAUCUAAUGCAGUUCAGACUUUAUUUGCCAGUUACAUAAAAAUGUGCAGGGAUUUCAUGUUCUGAAAUUUGAACAGUCCAACAUUUUAAAUGUGUGUUCUGGUGGAUUCUCUCUUUAUGUGCGGGAUGUACUUGUGAGUACAGACGCACAGACAAACCAAAGGUCAUUUCAUGCCCAAACUGAUGUUUUUGGAUGUAAAUGUUUUAUGGAAAAAAUCUCUAUAUAGCUAUAUUUCUUGGCCAGGUCUUAACAGGUUAUCUUCAGCAAGCCGUUCCAGUUUACAGGCCCUUACGGUCUACUGUACUUAUGGAUUGUUACAUAGAAAAGUCUAUAGUAUUCAGCAAAUACUUCGGCUGUGUUCACACUGCAAGUGGCCUAAAUUUGGUGUAUGUGUGUGACUCAAAUCAGUUGUUUUCCUGACGAUGUGAACAGCACAAAUCACAUUUCAGUUCUGAUAUCGGCCGCUCUCAUAUGUGGUCCAAAUCAGUCCGAAUCAGCCUGACCUGUUCACACUGGAAUCUGAACCGGGCCACAUUUUAAAAAUAAUGUGAACAGGCAAACAAAAACAGUCCGACCAAUGAAUCAGAACUGAGCGCCAAGGCUUGCAGUGUGAACGUAGCUUUAUAUGGGCCUUCUGUGUAUAUUGAUAGUUUCCCACAGAUCAGGUCUGUUGUAGAGAAAUAUCCUUGAAGAAGUGGAAUUUAAGUUUAAUAUGCACUGAUACAUCAUGCAAUCCCUUGUUAAGUGCCUUUUUGAAAUGUUUACCGUCUGUCCGUGUGUCUGGGAACCUCAGGGGAAGUAGGAGUGCAAUGGCUUUUUUAUUGUCCAGUCAAUGAUUAACCUGAAUCUCUCUCCCUUCAAUCGCCCAUCAGACGGCUUUUGCUUUUAUCCGAAGCCUUUGUAAAGUCGGCUGGCCAUUUAUUGUUUGAAUAUGGUCUCUCCUCUCAGCUCUCUCUCUCUCUCUCUCUCUCUGUUCUUUUCAUUCAUGUGUCAUUUUUAGAUCUGUCGGUUUUAUUGCAGCUUCAUGUACAAAAUAGAAACCAGGAAUAAAUGGGAUGGAAACUCAGCA